ACAGCCGGACCUACUCAACCGGACCGCCCUAGCUCUAAUUCCCGAGAACUAAGGAGUUCUAGUACUGAACAAAAGUGAAGUGUUAGAACUGAACUUAGCCUAGCUGUUUCGGUCACAGUGCCAGUACUUUUCUUUUCACAACCAGCGCAAAAUAGUGCAGCAACGAUGGGACAUAGUGUUAAAUGAAUCCUGCUGAGUUAAAUCAGUACCAACCAGUUGCUACAUUUGAGAAGCUCGAAAUCACAAACAUUUACAAAAUGGAGAAGGGUAGCCCUUCGCGCCAGUUCCUGGCAGGGAUCCUUGUUAAUUUGGCAUCGGUCAUGGUGGGCACCUCGUUAGGAUGGACGUCACCGAUUGGUCCAAAGCUGGCCUCGCCAGACUCCACACCGCUCGACACGAUACCGACGGCAGCGGAAAACUCUUGGAUUGCCUCCCUUGUGGCUCUGGGAGCGUUGAUUGCGCCAUUUAUGGCGGGCCCGUGUGCUGAACGGUUCGGCCGUAGACUCACGCUUCUCGGCAGUUCCGCAUUUUUCAUCGUGUCCUGGAUACUGCUGCUAACCACCGGAACCGUCGUGCAGGUUCUGAUAGCCAGGUUCCUGCAAGGUCUAGGCGUCGGGUACGUGAUGACCGUGCAAACGAUGUACAUCGGAGAAAUUGCCAGCAGCGAGUACCGGGGAGCUCUCGGGUCGCUCAUGCAGCUGUGCAUCGUGACCGGUAUCCUGUAUGUCUACAGUAUCGGGCCCUUCGUCUCGUACCACGCGCUCCAGUGGGCCUGCCUGGCUCUGCCGAUCGUGUUCGCUGUGACGUUUUUCUUCAUGCCGGAAACACCGGCCUACUACAUUGCCCAGGGCGAAAAGGAGAAAGCCGUCGAUUCGCUCUGCUUUUUGCGUGGCAAAACCGUUGAAGGGGUUCAGGAUGAGCUGAAUGAGAUCAAUACCACCGUGGAGGAUUCGCUCAAGAACAAGGGCACCCUGGUGGAUCUGUUCCGCAAUCCUGGCAACGUGAAGGCCCUAAUCAUAUGCGCUGGGCUAAUCAGUUUCCAGCAGCUGUCCGGUAUUAACGUGAUUCUGUUCUACAGUCAGAACAUCUUCGAGAGUACCGGCAGCAGCCUGUCGCCGGCCAUUUCCACCAUCCUCGUAGGGGCGGUGCAAGUGGUGGCGAGCGGUGCCACCCCGCUGAUCGUGGACCGGCUUGGCCGCAAACCGAUUCUCCUCACGUCGGCCGCGGGCAUGUGCGUGUCGCUCGGUACGAUGGGACUGUACUUUUUCCUCAAGCACAUUGAGUCUCCGGCGGUCGGCAGUGUUGGCUGGCUGCCCAUUCUGUCGCUGAUCUUCUUCGUUACGGUGUACUGCAUCGGGUUCGGACCGCUACCGUGGGCCGUGCUGGGCGAGAUGUUCCCGGCCAACGUGAAGUCGAUUGCCUCCUCGAUCGUCGCCUCGACCUGCUGGGUGCUCGGUUUUAUCAUUUUGCAGUUCUUCGCCGAUCUCGACAAGGCGGUCGGGUCCCACUGGUCGUUCUGGAUCUUCGGUAUACUGUGCGCGGUGGCGUUUGUCUUCACGUUCACCACAGUGAUGGAAACGAAGGGACUCAGCCUGCAGGAGAUUCAGGACCGGCUGAACGGCAAAGCUUAGCGACUGUCUCUGAGUGGGGGCCUGAUCGAAUUUGUGCAAUGAUUAUUCUGGCUACCGACAGUCUUAUGAUCGGUCCUAGGUUACGAUAGUUUCGUAGUAGUAAGAAUGUAAAGCGCUCUCCGGCACCAAAGUGAUAAGUUCGAGAGUGCUCGCUCGGAUGUUCCAUUCUGUUGGGUUACGUUACUUGAAUAAAAAUGUGUUUGGCUCCUAGGUGAGCUGCGUAUUUGAAA